UGGUGUAGCAAAUACUUUCUGCUGCAAACGUCAGCCACUCAGUAUAAUAAUAGAUGAUAGCAAUAUAAUAAUAAUAAUCAGGAAAUAAUUUGACUGAGCAGAAACGCACGGCGAGGCCCGUGCUGUUAGUGUUGUCGGCAGCUAUACGUGUUGCCGAUGUGACAAACAACUCCAAGUGACUGACUACCGCAAGCGAGCAGUUACACUGCAAGUCUCUCGUGGCCCACCCCAGCGGCUCGUACGUGCUGGUUGUAAAUACGAGCUGGUCGUCACGGGACCUCUGAAACUGAAUUCGGGCGACACUGGUAGCGAUAGCAGUGAGAAAGCACGGAGUGAAAAGGUACCAACUGAACCUGUUUUCUAUCUCGUAAUAGUGAGGUGCAACGCGUUAGCAUUGAUAGAUUGCUGAUAUGGCAGAAGGAGUACGGGCACUCGAGCCCUCAUCUCCGGCCAACGGCAGUGGGGCACGGCAGUCUGCGGGACAAGGGGAACAAGCCCCUGCCGGGCAGAUGGUGCUGACUAAUGAUGCUCAAGGUGGCGUUGCGGGUAAUGAGGCGACUGCCGACGGUGGAGGUGGCGACGACCAGCAGCAACAACUGCAACCACAGCAGCAGGGUACAACGAUAGGUUCGGUGCUCAAGGGCCUUCUAAUGCGCGCACUGAUCAUCUACUUGGUCAGCUCGUACUUCAAGCGAACGCCAGCUACCACGCAAAAUGGCACGGCUAGCGGCGGUGGCUCUGUGCCCACGGUAGCGAUGCAGGCCAGCUCGAAUAUCUGGAGCAAUGGAACGCCUUUCGACCUCUACGUGUAUGUCUCAGACGACGAACAUAGCAACCUACACUUUAAAAAUCCUAAUGCAUUGCUGUGGAAACAGGAAAACCUUGUCUAUGGAGACUGGAGUUCAGGGCCGAACUUUGAUGGGCUGUUCUAUUUUAAUGGCUCAUUUAAACCGACCGAUAAGAUGAUCAAUAACGGCACGAUCUUUUUUCAUGUGUACACAGUGCUAUCCGGAAAAAGUCCUGAUCCAAGCCAGCCGAACUUUCUCCAGGAACAAGUAAUUCAUCGGUCGAGACAACUGAACAAAUUCAAGAAAAAAGUGUACAAAAGGACCCAUAACCUGCUUACUGGUGAGACUGAGCAAUCGGUCGAGGAUCAACAGAAAGCCGAAUUGACGACCUUUGAGAUUUUGUCCAUGUGGCAUCCAAAUCUAACAAUUAACAUUGUCGAUGACCACACUGCCUGGGUACAGGGCAAAGUGCCGAAACCUCUCGACGAGUAUGUUGAGUUUGAUCCGCAUGAAAAUAAGUAUUAUCCCAUCCUAUACCUCAACGACUAUUGGAAUCUCAAUAAGGAUUACUACCCAAUCAACGAAACGACGCAAACCCUGCCAGUCUUUUUUACAUUUCAACCGAUGACUCUGUUCAAAUGGCAGCUGUAUGUGGCUCAGUCGAUGCGUAAAUCUAUGGUGUCCUGGAUGAUGGUCGGGACAGACGAGGCUACAGAAGACCAGGACGCCCUUAAGGAGGCUCUACUUGAUACGAAUCCGUAUCUACUGGGCAUGACUGUGGUCGUCAGCCUAGUGCAUUCCGUAUUUGAAUUCCUAGCAUUCAAGAACGAUAUUCAGUUCUGGAAAGAACGUAAAUCUCUCGAGGGAUUGUCGGUUCGAUCGGUAUUCUUCAAUGUCUUCCAAUCUCUAAUUGUAUUACUGUACAUUCUUGAUAACGACACAAAUCCCGUUGUGAAGUUCUCCGUCUUUGCUGGCAUGUGCAUUGAGUGUUGGAAAGUCAAAAAGGUGGUUAACAUCAGAAUCGAUCGCGAAACACGAUCCGUGUUUGGUCUCUUGCCACUCAAAAUUCACUUUGAAGACAAGGGAACCUAUGUGGAAUCGUCCACCAAAGAAUAUGACGAAAUGGCCUUCAAAUACCUCGGUGUUGCACUGUUCCCUUUAAUUGUCGGCUACUGCGGGUAUUCACUUAUGUACCAUGAGCACAAGGGUUGGUAUUCGUUUAUCGUUUCGAUGGUGUAUGGGUUUUUGUUGACGUUCGGCUUUAUCAUGAUGACACCACAGCUAUUCAUUAAUUACAAGCUCAAGUCGGUAGCGCACCUGCCCUGGCGUAUGCUGAGUUAUAAAUUCCUCAACACGUUCAUUGAUGACAUUUUCGCGUUCGUCAUCAAGAUGCCAAUGAUGUACAGAAUCGGUUGUUUCCGUGACGACAUCGUAUUUCUGAUUUAUCUGUACCAGCGAUGGAUUUACCGGGUGGAUCCGAGGCGCAUCAACGAAUUUGGAACCAGCGCCGAAGAUGAGCAAAAGAGACAGAAAGGUGCUAUUAUACAGCAGGACACAACGGAAUCUGCACAAACUGUAUCAGGAGAAGCCAACAGCAGUAAAGCAGCAGUACCCACAUCAACAUCGAGUUCAGCGUCCAAAAGUCGACCUAAACAGGACUAGUCCUUGCGUAAUGCACCCAGAUGAUUCACUAAGCAUAAAAAUACUGUUAUAAAAUAACAAAGAACUAACUGAAGACAAAGCUUCUCAAGAAAAGUGUAAAAACAUCUCGCUAAAAAAUGAUCCACAGAGUUCGAAUUAUGGUAGAUUGUUUCUUCAGUCGUUCUAGCAUUCUCUGUCAUUUGUUUCUUCAGUCGUUCUAGCAUUCUCUGUCAUUUUCUUCCUUGAUCAGCUUUCCGGAGAUUUAUUUUUCGGCUUUAGAAAAGAAACCGAAGGGUGAGAUUCGUGAAGAUUUUUGCGUGCUGAGGCAAUUGCAGUGGAAGGCGAGCUAAAACGUCGAGCAUCGGCAGGAAAAUAGGUAUACGGAGUACUUUAGGACAAAAUGUCCUAAGUGAACAAGAAUAAAGGGUAUAAAUAGCAAGUAAUUCAUGAAGUGUUUGGAGUAAAAAGCUGGAUUUGUUGAGGAGGAAUAUAAUUACCAAUUAUACAUUAUAACCUUAUUAAAAUGAUGGGAGUGAUACCAAAGACACGAUAGCUGUUAAAAGUGUGCCUACUAGAUUUAGUAGAUGUGUCUCGCGUCCAAUAAGUUUCUUAUACGAUGACGGUGUAAUAGCCAUAUUAAGAAUAUAAUGAGAUUAACAAUAUUGGUUAAGAACGCUGAGAUGUGCAUGCAACCUGACAGAAGCUGCAUCUACGAAAAGUUGUACAGCGUUGUUUCUAACUAUUAUACUAAAAAUAAGAAAGGUGCGUGUAGGAGAUUAUACAUUGCAAAAAAAAUUUAAAAGAGCCGCAAAGAGCCAGAAAAUAAAUAACAAAAUUUUUAUUGAAUCAUUUGACCAGCUCUACAAUAUCUGAUAGUUAAAGUGGUAACAUAGACUUCGAAUGCUAGCUUGUAUAAUUGAUAUAUCGUCGGCGCAAAAAAUAUCAGUUCUACCCAAAAAAUAUAUAUUUUAUUGUCGAAUCAAGAAAUUGCUUAAGGUUUCUGAUUUAUAGUACUUGCAGAUAGACUAGCUGGAACUGUUCGAACAGUAAAAAUAUCAUGGAUGAUAGAGAAACUAGCAGUAUAUAAAUAGCACUUUUUAGCGGGGGUCGAGUUAAGACAGUGCUUUAUAAUAGUCAUGAUGAUAGCAAUAUGCUAAGUAAAUAUAAACUAUGAUAAUUGCAUUAUUAUUUUAACUUAAUGCGCCUGUUUGCACUUGUGAGUUGAACUUGCUCCACAUAAUGGUUAUUACCGUAUCCGAUUUUAUAACCGAUUAUGAUAACGGUAUUCAGUUUACUGAAAAUCGCAAUCGACAAGUGAUACUUCAAUGUGUCUUCAAAUUUCAGGUCGGAAUAUCAUACGUUCAUUAACCCUUUAUCGUGUGUUAGUCUUCACUUAUCGCACGCGGUGUUAUAAAUGGACACAAUCUGAACAAUUACACAAGUUGCGCGCUAUUCAUCGUCGCCUCGCGAAGUCAGACCAGUCAGGCGAAUCACUUUGUUUUUCUCGAAAAACUAGCUACUAUGCGUAGAAGUAAAAAAAAAAAAUACGAGAUAGGUUCAUGCAUGGUACGGCAGCGACACAGCUGCUAGACUGUCGCGAACCAUGAAGUAUUGGCUGUAGCUCGAUACCGCAGUGAGAGCAUAGGUUUAUUUGUUGAUAGGCAGUAUGAGUUCGGUUGCUUGUUGCAGUGAGACGUUCAAACGGUAGUACAUGUGUCCUUGAUCAGAUAAACGUACACACACCCUUCCAGCCUAUUUGCAUCUAAGGUAGCCAGUGUACAAUUGAAUAGCUUGGCGUUGGUCUUCUUGAGCAAGAAGCGAAGAACGGGAAAGGCGCUACGGGCCCACUGAUUAGUUAUAACUAGUAGUGGAGUAAUAGUUGGUGACCGACGGGCAGUUUCAAAUUUUAGUGCAUUUAUCAGCAACUAUGGUGGGUACGUAGACACAUAGCAUGGGAUAUCCUUCAGUAAAACGCCUAGCGCGGUCCGCCGAAGAUUUUCGCAUGUUCUAGAGUGUCCCGUUUCUAUUUAACGUCUAUGUGCGAUAGGAAUAGCGCGAGGAAUAUAAUCGAAAAUUGGAUUUGCUGCAGAGGUGAAAACUGGGCGUUUGAAAACAAAGACUAAACGAACGGAAGAAAUGAGAAGAAUCGUUUCAUGACCAAACAGUACUGUACUGCAUAAACAAAAACAAUACGAUGUGAUAAUGUCAAUGACCAUUGUAGGGUUAUAUCUGUGUGUAUGCGUGGGUGUAGAUCGGGCUGAAGUAUGUUUUCUCAAUAUACAUGUGGCAAUACGUAUCGAUUUGUUUUUGAAUAAACAGAUACUAUAUGGUGUUUAAUAUAAAAAACGAACUAAUUGUUGUGCUCAUUUUUGGCUAGUAUAUGUCGAAUGUGUGAGGAAGCUAGUGCGAAAUUUUGUUCCAUUCUGGCGCUGCCUUUUAACUACUAAGUGAUGCUGGCUUGCACCUAAGC